AUGAUAAAAUCACUUCUGUUGAAAAUUAUCGCCUUCAUCUUGUCUUUGGUGGAUCGCUUCUGCUACAUCAUCUUUAGAAUCUUGUUUGGUAAGGAUUUCUUACCUGCUGACUUGAGAGGAAGAUUUGAUCACUUGAAAUCCUAUACUGUUCAAGUCGAUGAUCCAAACUAUAAACCUGGUGAAGAAACAAAGCCAAUCAGAAGAGUUGGCUAUGAAAAGGAAUUAAUUAGCACUCCAGUUCCUGGUGUAACUACACUCAACGGACUGUUGGAUCAUGUUGUUAAACAAUUUGGUGAUUUGCCAAUGCUUGGUAGUCGUACUUUCAAGAAUAAGUCUGUUGAAAAGCUUGAUGGUAAGGACUGGGAAGUUUUCCACUUUGACGAUGUCAAGUAUGAAACCUACAAUCAAAUCUAUAGUAGAAUUAUUAAUCUUUCACGUGGUAUUGCACGUUUCACUGGCUUGAACUCUAAGGACUUUUUUGGUAUCUUUGAAGAAACUCGUAAGGAAUGGUUAAUGACUCUCCACGCUUGCAUGAGAUACAACAUUACUGUAAUGACAGUUUACUCUACUUUGGGUGAUGAAUCACUCAUUGAGGCUGUUAAUGAAUGUGAACUUCCAGCCAUGUUAGUUAAUGAAGCAUCAUUGAAAAAGCUUGCCUAUCAAAUUACUCCAAAUACUCCAACUUUAAAGUACCUCAUCUAUGCAUCAUCUUGGGAAGGUAAGAAGGAAGAAACUCAAAAGCAUAUUGCUGAAUUGGAAAAGAAUGGUGUUUCUGUUUUGUCCUUUGAAGAAGUUGAAGAAUUAGGAAAACAAGAAACAAAUCCAAUUCCAGUUAAGGAAGAACAAAGAGGUGAUAGUUUGACUGUUGUCAUGUACACUUCCGGAACUACUUCAAAGCCAAAAGGUGUAAUGCUAACAGCAAAAAAUAUACUUUCGAUUUCCGUGGGUGCACGUGAGCAAUUUGGUUUGCCACACACUUAUUUGGGAUAUCUUCCACUUUCUCACAUUUUGGAAAUGGCUGCUGAACAUUACAUCUUGGGUCUUGGAGGAAAAAUCGGAUACGGAAACUCCAAAACUCUUACAACUAAGGCAAGUAGUACUGCCAGACCUGUUGGUGAUCUUGAAGCUGUAGCACCUCAAAUAUUUUGUGGUGUACCAAGAGUAUACGACACCAUUAAGAAGGGUGUUUCUGAAAAGAUUAAGGCAGGUUCACCAAUCAUUCAAUGGCUUUUCAAGACUGCUUAUGAUUGUAAACUUAAUGCUCUUAAGAAUGGAAGAGAUACACCAUUGUUCAACUUUUUGAUUUUCAGAAAGAUUAAGAGUAUGGCUGGUGGAAGAUUGGUAGGAUGCCUUUCUGGAGGUGCUCCACUUUCAAAACAAAGUCAAGAAUUCUUCAGAGUUUGCUUUGGAGCCAGUACCUUCCAAGGAUAUGGUCUUACUGAGACUAGUGCUGCAGGUGUAAAAGCUAAAUUCCAAACCAAUGUUGCUGGUGUUGUUGUUCCAUGUGUUGAAAUCAAAUUAAUCUCAGUUCCACACUUGAAUUAUUUGGCAGAUAGCCCAGUACCAAGAGGAGAGAUUGCCAUCAGAGGUAACUCUGUCGCCCUAGGUUACUAUAAGCAACCUGAAAAGACAAAGGAAGCAUUCAUGGAAGAUGGAUACUUCUUGACAGGAGAUGUUGGUCAAUUGAAUGAGGAUGGUACAAUUUCAAUUAUUGAUCGUGUUAAGAAUUUAGUCAAGUUAUCCCAUGGUGAAUAUAUUGCUUUGGAAAGAUUGGAGAGUAUCUAUAACGGUUGUCCAUACGUUGCACCAAAUGGUAUCAUGGUCUAUGGAGACAGCUUCGGUUCAUUCCCUGUUGCCAUUGUCAUCGCUCAACCAGGUCCAACCAAGAGAUUUGCUGAAGAAAAUGGCAUUACUGGUACCUUCUCUGAAAUUUGUAAACAUCCAAAGGUCCAACAACACAUCUUGAAAUCAUUGGAAGAAUUGGCUAAGACCUACAAGCUUAAGAGAUAUGAAGAAAUUAAGGCCAUUCGUGUCUUUGAUGAUGUUUGGUCACCUGAAAACGAUCUCUUAACAGCUGCUUUCAAGCUUAAACGUAACAAUAUUGUUCAAAAGUACAGAACAUAUAUUGAUGAAAUGUAUCAAGGAACUUAUUAA